CUCCUGAACGCCUACCUGCCUGCCGAGAUGUCCUGCCAGCAGAGCCAGCAGCAGUGCCAGCCCCCUCCCAAGUGCACCCCCAAGUGCCCUCCCAAGUGCCCCGCCCCAAAAUGCCCCCCAAAGUGUCCCCCUAAGUGCCCUCCCGUCUCUUCCUGCUGCAGCGUCAGCUCUGGGGGCUGCUGUGGCUCCAGCUCUGGGGGUGGCAGCUGCUGCAGCUCUGGGGGUGGCGGCUGCUGCCUGAGCCACCACAGGCGCCGCCGCAGGUCCCACUGCCACAAACCCCAGAACUCUGGCUGCUGCAGCCAGCCCUCGGGGGGCUCCAGCUGCUGUGGAGGGGGCAGUGGCCAGCACUCUGGAGGCUGCUGUUGACGUGGACUCUG